CUUUCACAAACAUUAUGAAUUGAGAUUAAGCUUAUUCCUAGCCUACUGAAAUAAUAUUGUCCACCUUGAGAGGCCCACUUUUUGGGCCGGGGUCAUCUUAGCCUCUUCAAUGAGUCCAGAAACCCAGAAACCAUUCGACGUCGUUCCAACCUGGAUGCAAUGCAAGAAACUCUGUUACGUAUCCCAAAUCAUAGGCUCCCUCAACUGGCUCGCUAGGUGCUUGAACACGCCAGUGUGAAGCUCCAACGCCUGCAGAAGAGCCACGUGGGAAGAUCCCGAGCGCCGGAAAGCUCGCCUGCGAAUCAGGAUCGUCAAAGACGAUGAGCAGAAGCCGGAUUCUGAGAAAUCCGAUUGCGUUCUUUUGGUGGGUUGUGUUGGUUUGUUGCUUUUUAAUUGUUACAAUCUCAAUGCUGAGGCUUCCAGAGAUCCCGCUUGGGUUGCAAUAUCCCACGACAAAAACCAGUAAACAAACUUCAGAGGAUGACAAUUUAUCGAUAGGGAAGUUUGGGAAGAUGAUGCUUGAAAUGUUGCCUGAAGAUCUUGCCUUCACUGUGUUUGUUCCUUCAGAGGAAGCUUUCGAGCGCGAUCUGAGGCUCAGCCCAAAUAAAAGUUUAGUGGGGGAGAAGAUGAAUGACGACACGUAUGCAAUAAUGUCUCGAGUAUUGGGGUUCUCGGCUGUGCCUCGGAGGCUCGCUUCAGUCAAUGUGCCGAUUGACAAGGAGCUGUCGUAUGAUUCGAUAUCUGGGUUUGUGUUGUAUAUCUCGAAAGAGGAAGAUGGAGCGUUGACGGUCAACAGGGUUCGAUCCAAAAGAGUGGAUCUGAGGAAGAAGGGAAGCGUUGUGCAUAUCAUGGAUGGAGCGAUCAUGGAUGCUGAGUUCCAACAAUCAGUUCAGCCUGAGGAACAAGAUUGAAUUCACUCGUGAAUUUUUGUAACAUUGUACUUGGAUUACUGGAGAAACACAUAUAUGAGAUGUUAUAAUUCUUUCUAGAUAUUUUUAUUA